UCUUCCCUGGUAACAUCAGCUGGUGCCGGCUCCGGGAUCAUGGGGGCUUUGGGGUGCACAUGGUGGUAUCUCUGCUUGCUCUUCUCCAUUAUUUCCCGCGACGACUUCACAGGAGGCAGCGGGCUCUCAGACAGCGACGAGUGUGCGAUGGGCACAGACGACUGCCACAUUGAUGCCAUCUGCCAGAACACCCCGAAAUCCUACAAGUGCAUCUGCAAGCCUGGUUAUAAGGGCGAGGGGAAACAAUGUGAAGAUAUUGAUGAAUGUGACAAUGAUUACAAUGGGGGAUGCGUUCAUGAAUGUAUCAAUAUACCGGGGAAUUAUAGAUGUACGUGCUAUGAUGGAUUUAUGUUGGCACAUGAUGGACACAACUGCCUGGAUGUGGAUGAAUGUUUGGACAAUAAUGGAGGAUGUCAACAGAUCUGUGUUAAUACAAUGGGGAGCUAUGAAUGCCAGUGCAAGGAUGGGUUCUUCCUAAGUGACAAUCAGCAUACUUGUAUCCAUCGCUCAAACGAAGGCAUGAAUUGCAUGAACAAAGACCAUGACUGCGCCCAUAUCUGCCGAGAGACGCCUAAAGUGGGAGUGGCAUGUGAGUGUCGUCCAGGCUUCGAACUUGCAAAGAACCAGAGGGACUGUACAUUAACCUGUAAUUAUGGAAAUGGAGGCUGUCAGCACACCUGCGAGGACACGGACACAGGCCCAGUAUGUGGCUGCCACCUGAAAUAUGCCCUUCACUCAGAUGGUAGAACAUGUAUUGAAAAGGAUGAGGCUGCAAUUGAGCGUUCUGAGUACAAUUCCACGUCAGUUACUGAUGUGGACAAGCGGGUGAAACGGAGACUCCUUAUGGAAACGUGUGCUGUAAAUAAUGGAGGCUGUGACCGUACUUGCAAGGAUACGGCGACGGGAGUUCGAUGCAGUUGCCCUGUGGGAUUCACCUUACAACCAGAUCAGAAGACUUGCAAAGAUAUUGACGAGUGCCUAGUAAAUAAUGGUGGAUGUGACCAUUUUUGCCGCAACACAGUUGGAAGCUUUGAAUGCAGCUGCCAGAAGGGAUACAAGUUACUGACAGAUGAACGCACCUGCCAAGAUAUUGAUGAGUGUUCCUUUGAGAGAACCUGUGACCACAUCUGUAUCAACUACCCUGGAAGUUUUGAAUGUCUCUGUCACAAGGGAUACACACUCUAUGGAAUGACCCACUGUGGAGACACUGAUGAAUGCAGCAUAAAUAAUGGCAGCUGUGACGCAGCCUGCAUAAACACUCUGGGAAGCUAUGACUGUGCUUGUCCUUCUGGGAAGAAGCUGCAUUGGAAUAAGAGGGACUGUAUUGAGACGGCAAAAUGCAUCCCCAGCCACAAACCGACCCCAAAAGCUCAGCUCAUCUGCAGUAAAUCAGCAGGGAUAGAUAGCUGCUUCUUGUCCUGCUCGGCCAACACUCUUUUUGUACCAGAGUCUGAGAACAGUUAUUUGCUGAGCUGUGGCAUGCCUGUGCAGCAGAGCAAGGCGGCCCUGAAGCGCAACUCAACACUACCAACAUGCUCAGAUCCCAUAGGACACCCUAUAACCCAGAAAGCCCGGUUCAAGAUUAAAGAUGCCAAGUGCCACCUGCGUCCACGGGGUAAAGACAAAACCAGAGACUCUUCAAAGCAGUCACUGAUGGACAGCUGCCAUGUUACAUAUGUGAACCUGAAAUGCGACUCCUCUAAGAAAAAAAGAAGAGGCCGUAAAUCUCCAUCUAAAGAGGUCUCUCAUAUUAUUGCAGAAUUUGAGCUGGAGGUGAAGCGAGAUGAGGUUUCAGACUCGUGUAAUGCCGACUGUGUGCGGAAAAGGAUGGAGCAGAAGUUACAGGCUGCCAUUAAAACUCUGAGAAAGUCAAUCAACAAGCAGCAGUUUUUCAUCCAGUUCUCGGGUAUAGACUAUGAAGUGGCACAGAAGCCAGCUAAAGGCACUGACAACCAGGAGGCAUGCAGCACGGGGCAGGUCCUGCAGGAUGGAAAGUGUGUCACCUGUGGGGCAGGCACAUACUACAAUGGAGAGACCAAUCACUGUGCCCCCUGUCUACCCGGAACAUACCAGGACAUGGAAGGCCAGCUGUCAUGUGAACCUUGUCCAAGUAAUGAUGGCAUGGGCAUUCUUGGAGCAAGAAAUCUGUCUCAAUGUGGAGGGCAGUGUCCCCAAGGACAUUACUCUGCUGAUGGAUUCAAACCAUGCAAACCUUGCCCACUGGGCACUUACCAACCAGAUCUAGGACGCACACUCUGCUUUCCAUGUGGAGGAGGAUUGAUCACAAAAUAUGACAGUGCAGUUUCUUUCCAGGACUGUGAGACAAAAGUUCACUGUUCUCCUGGACAUUUCUACAAUGCCUCCACCCACAGAUGUAUUAGAUGCCCAAUAGCAACUUAUCAGCCAGAAUUUGGGCAGAAUUUCUGUAUUACCUGCCCGGGAAAUACCAGCACUGACUUUGAUGGCUCUACAAAUGUGACACAUUGUAAAAACCAACACUGUGGAGGGGAAUUAGGAGAUUACACAGGUUAUAUAGAGUCUCCCAACUACCCUGGAGAUUAUCCAGCCCAUGUGGAGUGUAUCUGGAACAUAAAUCCCCCUCAGAAAAGAAGAAUAUUGAUCGUGGUUCCAGAAAUCUUUCUACCAAUUGAAGAUGAGUGUGGAGAUGUGCUAGUCAUGAGAAAAAGCGCUUCUCCAACAUCUAUAACCACCUAUGAGACGUGUCAGACAUACGAGCGACCUAUAGCAUUCACAUCAAGGUCACGCAAACUAUGGAUCCAGUUCAAGUCCAAUGAGGGUAACAGCGGGAAAGGAUUUCAAGUGCCUUAUGUCACAUAUGACGAGGAUUACCAACAAUUAAUAGAAGAUAUUGUCCGUGAUGGAAGAUUAUAUGCUUCAGAGAAUCAUCAAGAAAUUUUAAAAGACAAGAAGUUGAUCAAGGCUCUCUUUGAUGUCUUAGCACAUCCCCAAAAUUAUUUCAAGUACACAGCACAGGAGUCUAAGGAGAUGUUCCCAAGAUCUUUUAUUAAACUACUCCGCUCAAAAGUUUCCAGAUUUUUACGACCUUAUAAAUAGGUUUAUUUUUUUUAAUUAGUGUUUUUUUUUUUUUUUUUGGUCUUAAUCCUUAUUCUUUUAAAUACUUCAUCCCUUUUUGCAGUAAUCACUGCUCCACAUAAAAGACUUGUUUUGUAGUCUUAAUUUUCCAAUUCAUUUAAAAGAUUAAAAAAACAAAACAAAAAGGGCUUAUUUGACAAAUGAUUUUAUGGACGCCGCACUGAGUAAUCCUCUUUUCAGCUUUCCAAUUUAGCCGAGGUACAAUAAUCCUCACAUCUCUACAAACCUUCUCCUGCCACACCCUGCAUCCUGCACCUUGAUCCUCAAAGCUGCAAUAUCAAGUUCUUCUCAAAAAGUAGACAAGCUGCUGUGUACAGUGAUAUGAAACCUAACGAUAGACAACUGCAAUUAUCCAUAACCACACAACAAGAUGUGGCUCAGUGAGCAAGUGCAAUCAUUUGGCUAGAACUCAAGGUUCUAUGAACUCAAUAUAACAGUAUCCUACUUGUGUCUUGAUGUUCUGGGAAUUUUUGGAUUGUGUUUUUGAAUUUAGUGGGCAUCCAUAGCAUUUGAGAACUGAUUGUCUUUGCUUAUACACCGUCCUGUUCAUAAACGAUGUAAUCGUGAAGAAUGGAUUGCUCUAUAUGAUAAUCUAUCUACAUCAUCAAUGCCCCCAAACCCAACAUUUAAACUCUCUGCCUCCUUUUGCACUGACAUUAUUUCCAAAAGUCAAGGUAUUCUCUCCACAAUGCAUAUGGUGAUUGCUCUGCUAUACACAGGAGAUAUAUCCACUCCGAUCUGGCAUGGAAGGCUCAUGGACUAUAUUUGCACCCCUUGGACUGUAUUGGGGUCUUCACAGAGUAAGGAUUACACACACAUCAUCUCUGUGUUGGCUUAAGAACUUUUUUUUUUCAUGUCUUCAAGUCACAGGAAGUUGGCGUAUUCUUGUUUCUCCAGUUGGUUUAAGAACCUGCCUGCAAACGAGUAUUAUGGCAAGAGAGCGAAGUGUGUAGUAUAAUUAAUAUUUUAAAUUGCACUUGAAUUUUGUAUGUAAUGUUAGGGGGAAGAGGUUUUUUUUAUUUUGUUUUUGUCUUUUAUAUUUUUAUUUUUUUAGAUCGUAGGAUUAUAAUCUAAAACCAAAAAUAUACCGGCUGUAUAGUGUUUUUUACAUUCUGUGCAUAAAAGACGGCCCUUGAUCAGUCCUUGGUGAAACAGGCGAUGGCACACUAGACUUUGGUGGGCCAUAGGCUGCUUAUUUUAUCUCAGAUUAAGAGUUUUUUCCGUAACAAUGAUUUCAGUAUCAUGAAGGGAUUCUGAAAAUGUGGCCCCACUGGAAUUACCAAAGUUACAGCCCCAGACAAAAGUGUGUGUGAAUGUGAGUGAUGUCUGGAUAGUAGACAGAGAAGUAAUGGUGGAUCUGCUCUUCUGGUCAACCAUA